AAAUACAAAGGCUCAAGUUGCAUUCAGAUUCUUAAACCUCUAUUAAUUGCAACAUGUUGUCCAUUCGAACUUACAACAAACAAUAUCUGGCUGAUCAGAGCAACUUUUACAAUGACGAACCUAAUGAGAAGAAGGCGCAAGGAAGUGGGCGAAAACGACGACACUGAACUACUUUUGAGAAAGGUGUUCGGAAAUGUGUGAAAAGCGAAAGAGCUUAAUAACGAAUUCUCUUCAAUUUGCCCUGGCGAUAGAAAGCGAAACUAAGCAAACGCUGCCUGAGCAGAGAACAAGGCUGCUAAUUAUUUGACUGUGUUGAUGGCAGAGCGUCAACUUAGCUGUCGACGUUGACGUUGACGUCGGCGCUGUCAACGCGUCGUAUGCUUAACGUGCGACAGCGCUGAAUGCAAUUGAUAAGUAUCGUGAAAAGCAGCGACUGCGACGGUGUCGGCGACUGAGAAACAACAAUAACAACAGCAGCAGCUACAAAUCAAGCAAACACAUUUGAUGAAUGAAAAUAAUCCAACACUUGCCCAUACACACGCACACAUAAACACCGAUGGCGUUGUGCGGUCGACGUCGGCUUCGCAGUCGCGAACAUUUUGCGCGUUCGUUGGCUACGUUUCAAAUUUGAUUUUAAUGUAGUUUUUAGUACUAUUUGAUAAUCAGGCAAGCAAAGUUGAGCCGUCUGUUCUCACAGCACUCUUUCUCUCUUUCGUGUCAUUUGCCAGUGGAAACAGUGGAAACUGUGGGCCUGCCAUCGGUGAUCUGUGCACGAGCCCGAUCAGUUGUGCCAUCGUCGCGUGCUCGACAACACACCACACACCAUACGACACAAUAAAACGCGUCAUAUAUCGUGCAUCAUAAAAAAGAAAGAGUCGAUGUCAAAAUAAAUGAACCAAAGGGUUUAAAUUUAUGCAAAUUUAACUGAGGCUGCCGUUCGUUACAUGCACUAAUUUUAUUAAUCUCGAGGAAGGGAUCCACAUUCCUGGGGAAGUCUUGCCCAUCACAUCGUCAACCACUACCCACCCCUUGGCAACACCGCCCCGCCCGUGCGCACGGGCCUAGGAUAAUAUUCACACGGAGACAGACAUAAUGACGCGACCCAAGCAGGAUGCCAGCAAGUUUAAAAGUUUUAUGCAGGAGAAUGUGCUCACAAUGGCCACCGUGAUUGGUGUCUUUGUGGGCGGACUUGUGGGCUUUAUAAUCAAGAAUAGCACCGGAGAGUGGACUAAACGUGAGAUUAUGUAUAUAUCAUUUCCGGGUGAAAUAUUUCUGCGCAUGUUGAAAUGUCUCAUAGUCCCGCUGCUUGUGUCCUCUAUAACAAGUGCCAUAGGUGGACUAGACUUGAGUAUGUCCAGCAAGAUUGCAACAAGGGCCAUAACUUACUACUUCGUUACCACAAUUUCGGCAGUUAUAUUAGGUAUUUGUCUAGUCACAACAAUACGACCCGGCCAGGGUGCCAAAAUUGUGGAAACACGCACAGAGACCAUCGACAAGGCUUCCAAGGUGUUGACGCCUGAUACUUUAAUGGACUUAGUGAGAAACAUGUUCACGGACAACAUCAUUCAAUCGACCAUGUUUCAGCAUCGCACGGAGAUAUUUGAGAACACCACAAUCAGCCCGGCACAGCCAAUGGAGAAUUGGGAAUUCAAGGCGGCACAACGAGAGGGCUCCAAUGUGCUUGGUCUAGUCAUGUUCAGUGUGAUCUUGGGCACAACUAUUGGUCGGAUGCGGGAGAAGGGUCAGCUGCUGCAAGAUUUCUUUACCACACUCAGCGAGGCAAUGAUGACAAUCACAUCUUGGGUAAUUUGGAUUUCUCCACUUGGCGUGGGCUUUUUGAUAGCAGCCAAGAUUAUUGAGAUGGAGUCCAUAGCGGCAACAAUACAGUCUUUAGGAUGGUAUUUCAUAACCGUGAUGAUAGGUCUCUUCCUGCAUGGCUUUGGCACCAUUGCGGUUAUAUUCUUUUUGGGCACACGUCGAAUGCCAUAUCGCUUCAUAGCCAAACUCAGUCAGGUGCUGGCCACUGCCUUUGGCACGGGCUCAAGCUCGGCCACAAUGCCAUUGACCAUCAAAUGCCUGGACAACAUGGGCAUCGAUCCACGUGUCACGCGUUUCGUAAUUCCGGUUGGUGCCACGAUCAACAUGGAUGGCACUGCCUUGUACGAGGCUGUGGCAGCUCUCUUUAUCGCUCAAUAUCGUGAGAUGAGCUACUCCUUCGGCACCAUUGUGGCAGUGAGCAUCACAGCAACGGCGGCUUCCAUAGGCGCAGCGGGCAUUCCUCAAGCAGGUCUCGUUACCAUGGUCAUGGUGUUGGAUACAGUGGGCUUGGAACCAAAGGACGUGUCGCUGAUCAUUGCCGUUGAUUGGCUGCUGGAUCGAUUCCGUACCACAAUCAAUGUAAUGUGCGAUGCUUUGGGUACUAUUUUGGUCAAUCAUCUUUCGAAGAACGAUUUGGCAAGUGUCGAUCGGUUGAAUGCUGAGCCACAUGAGCUGCUCGAGCUUGGGGCCAAUGGACACGAAAUGAAAGAAUGAAGGCAGUCUAUGCUUGGCGCCUAUAAUCGCAAACGAUGAGUGAUGCAGGACGAGCACAAUGACAAUGACGAUGAGAUACAAAUGGAGAUAGAGCCUGUGGUCUCUCGUCAUCGUUAGUUUGCCUCUCCGCAUCAUUUGGUUUGUGGCUAAAAGCGGCCAAGACGCAAUUUCACUUUCAAGUAAUUGGCAACAGUUAGCUGUCUAUGUUAACUGUCGGCACAUUAACACGAAUUUAUUGAGUCGUUUGUCUUUGAUUGGCAUUCGAUAACGCAUGAAAUAAUAUGAAUAAUUAAUUAGUGUAAUUCAUGAUGUAAAUAAUUUUGGUUAUAACUACAAUUAAUUAAAUUGAUCGAGUUCAAAUUUCAGUUACAUUUUCAUACUUAGCAUUAAACAAAAUAAUCGAACCAAACACACAAUGAAUUGUUACACAAAUAUCCAUUAAUACGAAUAUAAAAUUGAGGGAAAGGAAUACGUAUUGUUUCUGCAUUAACAAAGAUACAAACCUUCGCAAAAUAUUAUAAUUACAAAAUUAGCCAAGACAACAAAACACAACACAACAAUUAAAGAACAAUUAGACCUAAACAAUAUUAAAAGAACAAAUAAGAAAACACAAAUGUUUGCUCAAAUUUUACACAGAAAUUAAUUACCGUUUAAAGUUCUUGUUUGAAGUUGAACUUUGUAAAUACUUAAUAGUUUAAGUAUAAUAAAAAAAUUAUUUCAUAAUUGUGUCAGCAUUAAUACAACAACAAAAAUAAGAAAUAAUUUUCAAAUAUCAAACCAAAAAAAAAAAGAGGAAAAAACACACGAAUAUUAAAUGACAAUAAUAA